AUGCCCCUGGCUCUUACUGAAUAACGACCCACGGGACCCGUUUCCUGGUCCUUCCCCCUAUUACCUGUCUCCUAUAUCUACCCAGGUAACCAUCCCGGGCCAGACAGAAGCAGCAGCGCCACAGAAGGGUGAACAUCACAAACUACACUUCACAAGGGACUAUAGGGCUUUAAUAUUUCGGUUAUAUUCACUUUUUCGCAGUUGUAUGUGAAGUGCUUUUUUAUACGUUUGGGACACUUGAUAUUACCAAAAAAUGUGGAAAUUUAUCAUCCUUUUAGGUGUAACGAUUGGAGGGACCAUAGCGCAAGGUCAACAAGGUCAACAGGGGUCACAGUUCAACUCACCAUGUUUGCAGACUUUUGAUAAAAUGUUCCGGAAGUGCUUCAUGGAUAACGGAAACUUUAAAUUGGAGGUCAUCUUUUCAUUGGUCACCAACGGUUCCAGUGGCCCCCUCCCACAAGGCACCAGCAGACCUCAGCUGAUGCAAACACUCUGUGGAAAUAGACAGAAUAUUGACACAUGCGUGAAACCAAUCAUGCAGAACAUUCAGACCCAGUGCAGUGACCGUGAAAAGAUGAUGAUGGACUCCACCAUCCAAUCCACUGGGAGAGCCAUUGCCGUCAUGUGUGGAGUCACACCUGAGAUGCCACCAUGUUUGAAGAAAUUUGACGACAAAUUUAAAUCCUGUAUGACUCAGCAGAAAGUCAACCAGGAGAACUACUUUAAACUUCUCGCCAAUCAGACGGAAGGAACCGGGAUGACUUUCCCUCAGCUCAGAGACAGCACGUGCAACAAACCAACGCAACAGGUUAUUGUUGGGUGCGCAUCUGGUGGUUUACAGUCAUUGGCUAACGAAUGUACAAAGCAAGAACAAUUCAUGGUCGGUCAGACUCUUCAGAAUAUGAUGGCCUCCUACCAAGCAGUGUGCACUGGUCAACCACUCGUAGGACCAGGGCGUGCUCCAAGUCCAUGUCUCAUGAAGUUUGAAAAAGAGAUGAACCAGUGUUCCAUUGACAACAUGGGCGCCCCUCUCAAUGACAUCAUGAUUCUGCUGACGAGAGGGCAGGUUCCCGAGGGACAGGACAUGAAAACUCUCAACAAAACAAUCUGCGACAAUUUCCACAAUUUUGAGGAAUGUGGGAAGAAGGUAGUAAUUGAGAAUCAAUGCAAAGGAAAAGAUCUUCUGAUCUCCGAGGGAACAUUUGCGAACGUCAUCAUCACCGUGGGCGCCUACUGUCACGAUACGACAGUCCCCGGAGCCUGUAUGCUCACCCUGCAGCAACAAUUCACCAAGUGUUUCUCUAAUGUCGGCCUGGACCCCGCUGUGUACUUCUCUAACAUUACCGCACACAAAGGAGCCAUUUUGGGAACCAGCGAAGCUUCAGCCAAAAAUUACUGCAGCAAGAGGACAGAACUGUACACUUGUAUGAAGAAGGUUAUGCACCAGUGUCCCGGGGCAGAGCAGACAAUGUCAAUGACAGGAUUCGAUCUCGUGUCCAUGGAGCGGGCCGUUGGAAUUCUUUGUGACGACAUCCCAGAAUACCUUGCUGGAAUUAAUUGUUUUGAGAAGCCCAGUGACAAGGCUCGGGUAUGCAUUGCUAACAUGGGUCGCGAUAUCACACAGAUGUCCGCUAAACAAAUGGCUAAAGGAAUCACUCUUGACGGAUUCUUGAACGACUUCUGCAAAAUCCGUGUGGAUCACGUGACCUGUGAUUCCCAAGCUUGGCCAACAUGUGACCCCAAGGCUAUUGCCCUGAAAACUAAGUUCGAGUGCCAUUUGUUACCUGUUAGAUGCCAUGAAGUCAAUGAGGAUGAAAUAUCUAAAGUUUGUCCAGCUGAUGCCCGUCUUCGGCCAAAUAGCUGCGUUGAUGACGUCAAAAUUAACAUCGGAAACUGCUUGGCCCCAUACAACAUUGAUCCAGAAACAUUUAUUGUCAACGUAACACACGAUCGCAGCAAUAUGCUCGGAGGCCGAUCGCAAGCACAAAGAUUUUGCCAGAACAGGAAGUCUGUCUUCAGAUGCCUUCGGGACACCCUUGAAGGUUGCCCUGGAGCUUCCGAACUGCUGGCUUACUGGGGCCACCAGCAGGAUCUUCUAGAGGACGCUCUGGAUCUACUCUGCCAAAACAUGGAUGGAUACGGACAGCUUUCUACCUGUGCUGUUGGUUCAAAUGCUAAAAUUGACCAGUGCAAGAGGAAUGCUGAAAUGAAAAUGGGAGAUUUAACAAGAAUGAAUCCGAACAGCCAAAUGUCAUCUGCAUAUUAUGCACAGUUUUGCAGUGUCCGAAUGGAACAACUGCAGUGUGACCUUGAUGCCGUGCGAGACUCUUGUGACGAGGCCUCAAUGGGUCUGAAGACCGAGUUUGAGUGUAACCUUAUCCAGGACAGGUGCCAAGGCUUGAAAAGAGCCGCUUUCAAGCAAAUGUGUAAUGUUAACAACUACGCACGCGCCAACCGGCGAGGAAGUUCCGGUGGUUCACCACAGAACACAGGAAACACAAACAAUGUAGCUAAUACAAAAGGUGGACAGCAGGGAAAUAAUAGUGCUAAUGGACGUUUUAGUUUCUCGGCUACUUUAAUAACCAUUGGACUUUCUCUACUUGCAUUUAUUUAAGUCAGAUUUCGAUUAUAAAGGUCAUUCAUCGUACCAUAUUCAGCCAUGAUGAGACGUUAUCGUCUUUGAAUAAGCCUUGAAAUUUCUGGCUGUUACUGAAUAAGGUAUUAUUGAAUAUAAGUCAGGGAUAUUUAUUAAAAAAUGAAAAGCUCUGAAACGAAAAAAGAAAGAAAAAUUUGAAGAAGGAAUAUAAUUAUCCUGAUGACGUCAUAUUACAGACCGAGGGACUUCGAAGGGAGGAAAACUGUCUCGGAACUUUUAGUUAAAUCGGUUUUUGUGUAAAAAAUGUGUUUAUUUUAAAAUGUGAUGAUGCAAAUCCUUUAUAAGUUAAGCUACAAAUCUGUAGAACGGACCAACGUCCAACCGAAGAUAUUACUUAGCAUGUAAUUUUAUUGUGAUAUCAUAGGUUAUGUCUCUGUGAAUCCACUUUUUGUGUUUGAAUUGUUUCUUGAUGUGUGCGUGUAUCGUAAUUUAUGUGUGUGAAAGAGUCUUGAAAGUCCAAAUGUUUAUUUAUAUGUUUUUCAAAACAAAAUGAGCGCUCAUUUUGAUAUUGUUGAUUUUAUAAUAAAAACAUAUUUUUAAAAUAUUUUAA